AGGUGUGUGAGGUUUGUUGCAGAGACAGAAGGCAGCUGCAUCUGCAGAGCUGAGAACAACUGGAUCUCGUUCACACUCAGCCAGAGGAAGACUCCUAGUGGUGAGGUCAAACCUCCUUCCAGCCUGACAGAAACAAGGAGCUGAAGGGAAAUCUCUGAGACCCCGCUGCUGCCAUCAUGAGCUCAGAAAACCUCAGAGACCUCUCAGAUAUUGAGAUCUUCUUUGAGGAUGUCGCUGAGUGUCUCUGGGACAUACUGAGCAGGGAGGAACUGCUUCUCCUGCUGACUGAAUUCUUGAGGAAAAUUGAGGCAAAGGCUGGUUUGUCCAGGGAAGACAUGAAUGAACUACACGAAUAUCUGAAUGAAUUGAAAAGAGACUUGGCUGGGAAGGACCAGGAAAUGCUCCCAAAAGAGCAGCUGGACAGGAGGAGGUUUCUGAAGAAGUUUCCUCGGGUGACGCAGCAGCUGGUGGAGCUCAUAAGCAAGCUCCAGGAGCUUGCAGACAAUGUAGACAAAGUCCACAGGGACUGUACCAUCUCCAAUGUGGUGACCCACAGCACCAGCGCUUUAUCUGGUGCCCUGACCAUCCUUGGCCUGGCUCUGGAACCCGUGACAGCCGGGGCCAGUGUGGCACUCUCAGCCACUGGGAUAGGGCUGGGAGCAGCGAGUGCUGUGACCGCUGUGUCCACCAGCAUCGUGGAACAUAAUGUUCUGUAGAGAACUUCAGGCAGUGACUUCUUGAUGACAAUGGUGGUGAUGAUGGUGGUGGCAGCAGCAGUGAUGACAACACAGUGGAUGGAGCAUCUGACAAGUAUCCAGGUGUCUUUUGAGUUCAGGGUGCACUAAGAGACCAGUGAAGUUCCCAUGACAUUUGCAGUGUUGUGUAGGAACAGAGAUUGAUUUGGGAAAAUAAGAAAGAAAGAGGAAAGCAGAAGGCACCAACAGAUCGGAACUAUGCGGUGUGUCAAGGAGAUCAACCAGCCUGGGGCCAACAGACAAGGCCUGUCUGACCCUCAAUUUCCUCCUCAGUUGGGGAUGAAGCUGAACAAGGUAUUCUAGGACAGUCUG